AUUUGAACAAUCAAGUUUUUAUAAAAAGAAUAAAAAAAAAUGCGAUGUCCCUUAUAAUUAUAUAAUGAUAACUAAAAAACUCUUAACUACUUUUAUUAUUUUUUUUGUUUUGUUGUUUAAAACAAGAUCCCAAUACAAUUACCCUCAAAAUGAAAUUUUACAAAUUCAUUCACAGAAUAUUCAAGCUGUGUUAGGGUUAAAUGAGUUCUUAUUAAUUAAAUUUUAUGCACCACAAUGUGAACACUGUAAGCGCAUAUGGAACAAAAUAAUGCAUUUAAAAUAUGAAAUACAAAAUGAUAAUAAAAAGAAAGUAUAUUUUGGUGAAGUAAAUUGUGCUGAUACAAAUGGACGAAGUAUUUGUGAAGAAUACUCGGUUGUAAAAAUACCACAAUUAAAAAUGUUUAAAGGAAACAAAUUAUUAGGAACGUAUUCAAAUGAUAUAAUGAAUGAAAGUCUUAUAAAAAAAUGGAUAUAUUAUGUUACAAUUCCUAUAUUUCAUGGAGUGCAUUCAGAAGAAGAAUUAAAUGAAUUUAAAACUGGAGAUAAUUUUUUUCUCACUUGUCUAGAACACCCAAAUGAUGUUUUAAUAAAAGUGGCUAAAUUGUAUUAUGAUGAGUGUUAUUUUAUUAACAUUCAAAAUCAGGAACUGUGUGAUAAGUUAAAUAUUAAAAACAACCAGUUGCAAGUUAAAGGGAAAUAUGAGCAUUCAUUUUAUAACCUUGAUGAACUAGAUUUUGAAAAAGUUAAAUCUUUUGUAAAUAAAAAUAGGUUUCCUAUAGUAAGUGAGGUCAACCAUUAUAAUUUUUUUAGUUUAAGGAGUAGUGGUAACAACUUGGUAUUAUUAUUACUUGAUACGAAAAAUGAAUUCGAUAAAUAUAUUUCAAAAUUUACUGAACAUGCUAAAAG